AUGGGCCGCAGCAUCGUUUCGUUGGAUGAUAUCACUCCAAAUAAUAUUGGAGUUUUUCAAAAGAUAAACGAGGUAUGUUUUCCAGUAACGUUUCCAGAUCAGUGGUACAAAGACUGCUUGGAAAAAGGUGUGGUUGAGCAGUUGGGUUUUUACGCUGAAAUACCAGUUGGAGGUGUUAAAGCAAAACCGUUUAAUACAUCGCAUUCGUCCAAUUCUCAUACUCAAACCCAACAGCAUCAUUUAGCGGUCAAUUCCGUUCCCAAUGCCAUGUACGUGGAAUCGCUAGCUGUUUUACCGGCGUAUCAAGGUUUGGGAAUCGGAUCACAAUUACUUGAAUAUGUCAUUGAAGAAACCAAAAAAAGAUUCAUUCAUGAAGUUUUCUUGCAUGUUCAAGCUAGUAACACUCAUGCUGUGGACUGGUACAAAAAACGAGGGUUUGAAUUGUCGGAAAAUGUGCCAAAAUAUUAUCAGGAUCAGGGCCUUGAUAGCCCCGAUGCGGUUAUAUUGCGGAUGAAAAUAUAA